AUGAUAUACACUCACAUUUUACCUUAAUUAUCCCAUUUUAGCAAGGUAGUCCCCAACAACGCCGUCGCCGCCUCCGCCAUCAACAACCACAAAUAACACCGCCGUCGAAAAGCCGGAGUGAUUGGGUCUGCUAAAUGCAUUUUUCAUCAUCAAUUGCUCUUUCUACCAUACCUCAACCGCCUCUCCAAUGCUAUUCAAUACUUUACGAACUUCCUUCCACUGCUUUCUCCCUCUACACCACUCCUUCUCCUUCACUCGACCUUCUUACUCCAAUAUUUUCAGUCGCUCGCUCUCAGUAGCUACUGCAUCGGCAAACAUGGAGUCCCAACGACCUGUUGUACUAGUUCUAAGUGGAAAAUCAGAAAGCGAGAAGGAAUUUGCAAGGUCUUUGAAAGAAAAUUCAACCCUUAAAAUCAUAGAUGAUGUAAAGCUCCAGACCUAUUUGCACUCUGAGAUGGAAACGCAAUCAGAAAAAGACGAAUUCAACAUCGAUACUUACAUGAAUUCUCUUGAAACUAAAUGUUUCGGAAGAUUUAUUCUUUGGUCUCCACGAUUACCUUCUACUCAAGACAUUGUCAGCCUCAACUUCUUUCAGCUUCCAAUAGGUUCUGUAUGCAUUGCAGAUCUUCAAUUCAAAGGACGAGGGCGUUCACAAAAUACAUGGGAAUCUCCAAAGGGAAGCCUUCUUUUAUCAUUUACAAUGCAAAUGGAAAAUGGACAACUGGUUCCUCUUGUGCAAUAUGUUGUGUGUCUUGCUAUGACUGAAGCAAUUAAGAAUCUUUCUAUAAGAAAUGGUAUUCCUCCUCUUGAUGUUAGAAUAAAAUGGCCAAAUGAUCUUUACUUAAAUGGGCUUAAAGUAGGAGGAAUUUUGUGUGGAUCAACAUAUCAAUCCAAGAUAUUCAAUAUUAGUGUUGGAGUAGGAUUGAAUGUUGAUAAUGAUAAGCCAACAACAUCCUUGAAUUCUGAGCUUCAAAAAUUAAAUUCUGAUUACAAAUUACAAAGAGAAGAUAUUACAUCAACUUUCUUUGAUAAAUUCGAGCAUUUCUUCCAUAUUUUGAUACACCAAGGAUUCCAACCCCUUGAGGAGCUAUAUUACAAGACAUGGCUGCAUAGUGGGCAGAGGGUUAUUGUUCAAGAAAAAAACCAAGAACAAGAUUUGCCAACAGAAAAUGUAGUCACUGUUCAGGGAUUAACAUCUUCAGGAUACUUAUUGGCCAUUACUGAUAAUGGUGAAAGAUGUGAGCUUCAUCCAGAUGGAAAUAGUUUUGAUUUCUUCAAAGGACUAGUGAGGAGUAAGCUUGCCUGAGAAACAGACAUCUUUUUUUUUUUUUUUUUUUUUUUUUUUUUUGUAAUUUUCAUGAGUUGUAUUUUAAAUUUUAAAAGAUUAAUAUAUUAGCAUACAAUAAGAGUGAUUAGUGGAUGCUACACAUAGUUAUAUCUUUAGAUUGACAUUGAAGAAAAAAAUAUUGUAUGUGUUGUAAGAUUUAGUUUUGUGUUGUGUAAAGAGUGUUUAUGAAUUAAUUUGCAUGUUCUGAUAUAUGGUGUGAAGUGUGAAGAUUUUAUGAUGAUC